GGCGCGGGACAGCGGCGUGCGGCGGCGGCUCCGCGCCCUGGCGCUCUCUCAGCGGCCAUGUGGCUCCUCAGCGACGCUGGCUGCGCGCUGCGGGCGGCCGCGCUGCUGCUCCUGCUCCUUGUCCCCGGCUCCCACAGUGACAAUUCACCCAGUCUCCCUGUUAUAUCAUCCACACAAUCUGCAAUAACAUCUACAGUGGGUAUGUCCACCAGUUCUACUAAUCUGACCAGUACCAAUCAGUCCACCACCAUCAGUCAGUCCACCAACACCACUAUGUCUGUCACCCUGAUGACUCAGCCCACCAAAACCAGCCAGACAACGAGAUCCACCACAGCUUCAUCAGUCACAUCAUCACAACUCAAUAUUACAGUGGUGACCACUUCCAAGACUUUAACUCCUGUAACGGCUACAUCAAAGCCUGUGAGUGCCUUAACCAAAUCCAGAUUUGAUGUGGGCAGUUUUGUAGGUGGAAUUGUGCUGACACUUGGAGCCCUAGUUUUUCUCUACAUUGGGUGCAAAACCUAUCACUCCAGAAGGGGCAUUCAGUACAGAACCAUUGAUGAACAUGAUGCCAUCAUUUAAAGAGACUUCAGGGAAGAUGGUGUUGGAAACCCAUCCUGUGCAGCUGUUGUAACUUCUAGAAGAGUUCACAAAGAUGAUCACAGUCUAAAUGUGUCUCAGGUGGGAUCCUGCAAAAUGUUGAGAGGCUCUUUAAAAAUCCUGAUAUUUUUGCCUUGGCUUUCAUAAGAAGAACUCAGCACUCUGUGGAGACAAAAUGCUUUUUUCCAGAAUUUGUAAUGAAAUUUAAAGAAACACAGAUUGAGUCAUUUUAAGGUGCACACACAAAUCUCUGAAAUAGCUAAUUACUGGUACAGUGGAUCCCAUCAUUGCAAUUCUUGGUUUGAUUAUGUCUGGCAGUGUGUAAAUCCAGCAUGUUCCAUAGUGGGUACAGCAGGUUAAUGCCUUUGCAAGUAAAAUGAGAGUUUAUUCCUUUUUUUUUUAAUGAAAUAGUAUUUAUUUUGAAGUUUGAUGUGAACUUUAGUUUAGAAAUUUUGGACAAUUCAGUUAAUUUUUCUUAGACUAUAAAGGGAAGUGGUUUGCUAACUUCAUAGGAAACGAUGAGGACUUUAAACUUCAGUCAUUGUCUCACCAGUGACCUGGGGAGGCUUUUCUUUACAGGUUCUACAGUGAGACUAGCUGCAGGAAACAUGAUGCCAUCCAUAUGGAUGGAGAGAUCUGUCCAUGACCCUUUUCUCUAAAUGGGUCCCUAGAAGAAAACAGACUAAGUGAUCUGGAGCUUCUUUUUUUCUAGCGUGUCAUAAUGAGGCAUGUGCAACUAAUUAUAAAAAUGGAAAAAAGGGUGAUUCUCCCAUCAUAAAUACGAUAAAAUAGGAAAACUGCUUCUGAAAAUUGGCUUAAGUUGAAUGUAGCAAUCACUUCACUCGGUUUUUAUUAUUAUGAAGCUGUAUGCAAUGUUUUAACAGCAUCUGAUAAGCAUUGAAAGUUACCCAGAGAAGUGGAACGUCUGUAAGAUAGCAUUUUAGAAAAACAUCAUCUGCAUUUUUACAGCUGUUUUCAGAACUUGGUACUGCUACACCCAUGUACAGGUCUGGUCAAAGGCCACUGAAAGGCCCCAGGUAUCUCUCAGAAGGCCUUUAGAUUAAGGCCCAGAUAACCCUGGGGGUUCCUGUGCAUGAUGGCUUUUGCUACUUCUGUACCCCUCCUACCUUUCAGCAAGGUAACCCCGCGGGCUUCUGAUUUACACUGCUGUAGGGAAACCCAGAGCAAGGACCAAGAGCCACAGGGCUGCUCCUCAUGUGACUAAAUAACCGUCAGUCCCGCUCAGGCCCUACUUGUAGACCUCUCCCUGGCAAAGAGGGCUGGUGUGGUAGCCCAUGACUGUGCUCGUUGCUGCUGGCACCGGUCUGUGGUACCAGGCUGGGCAAAGUGGUGACAGCUGAGGAAGACAGCAAUGGGAACUGCACAUGGGUCUGUCAGGGCAGGUGAGGCUACAGCUCUGGCACAAGUUCGUGUUUUUGUUGGGCAGUGGCUUAUUCUCACAUGCAGUGUUAAAGGGACUGGAUGUUUUUUUCCUUUUUCACAUGGAGUGUCUGUUGUGUCCAAGGCACAGCUGACUCCAGCAGAUCAUGGCCAAGGAGUCGUCUUAAUAGCACCAGCCAUGCAGCCACUGUGGGGGUAACAGGGCUGUUCCGUUUCGUACUGGGAUUGGGGUACAGGGGGAAGAGGGAUUUGAAGUAACUUUUGUGGGUUUUGUUGUGUUUUUUUUUAACUUGUUUGGUAGAAAACUGUGUGAGGAGUUUGGAAACAAUUCUUCCACAGCACUGCAGUUCCUUAGUUUGUAGAAAUUGAGAUCAACUCAGGUACUGAGAUUGUCUCAUCUCCAUUGUAUAGGUGAAUAAAUAAAAUGAAAUCUUUGGAGUUAC